UACAAAGGUCUACUGUGAUGAUGGAACUAAAAUUAGCAUUAACUGACACCUAAUUCUUGAUAAAUGUAUACUCACAUACAACUUCAAACAUUCAUACUUAAGUACAUCCAUAAAUAUACAUAUGAGUCAACCGCAUGGAAGACACUAACGUCACAUCCAAAUUCAUUGGUUCAACUCUUUCCGUCACGUGCCAUGCGAGUCGUGCAAGAGGUGGUCAGAUCGUUGCGUAAAGACACAAAUGUCAUAGUCCAAACCUCUUUGGGUAAAGUUCGUGGACGUUUCCAGAAAUACAGAUCUGGCGAACGAGGUGGCUACUACAGUUUUAAGGGCAUACGCUAUGGUGAAGCACCAAUAGGAACUAGAAGAUUUCGUGCUGCUGAGCCGGAGAAGGCUUGGUUCGGCGUACGCGAUGCAUCACGCGAGGGAAACAGCUGUCCACACAAGAAUAUGAUACUGGACACUUUUAAGGGCAGCGAGGACUGCCUCUUUUUGAAUGUCUUCACCACACAACUACCCAAGGCGGAUGAUGAUCAGCUUUUGCCGGUUAUGGUUUGGCUACAUGGUGGCGGCUAUUCAUUCGGCUCCGGCAAUACUUUCCUUUACGGUCCUGACUACUUAGUUGCAGAGGAUAUUGUUUUGGUUACACUGAACUAUCGUCUCGGUCCCUUGGGAUUUUUGACUGCCGGUCCAGACGCGCCAGGCAAUCAAGGAUUGAAGGAUCAAGUGCUCGCCUUAAAAUGGGUGCGUGACCACAUUGCGGCUUUCGGUGGUGAUCCAAGGCAGGUGACAGUUUUCGGAGAGUCGGCUGGAGGCUCAAGCGUACAAAUGCUACUUUUAUCACCGCAAGCUGAAGGUCUCUUUCAACGUGCUAUCUCACAAAGUGGUUCGGCGUUAAACCCUUGGGCGAUGGCCGAAAGUUCGUCUGAACGCGCUUUCCGAUUGGCCGCUAAUUUGGGAUACGUGGGCGCCAAUGAUACCGCAGAGAUAUUGGAAUUUUUGCGUCGUGUGCCUGCAAUGAAAUUGGUUGAAGCUGCACCCACAACGCUUACAGCUGAAGAUUCACGUAACAAUAUUGGUUUACCAUUUGUGCCAAUUGUGGAGGGUUAUUGGAACGCACAGGGCGAAAGUGAAGUAUUCUCUGAAGAACCUUUCAUCACAAAACACCCUAACGAAAUAUACGACAAACGUCAGUUUCACAGCAAGGUGCCAUAUAUGACGGGCUAUAAUACGCAUGAGGCGAUGCUCUUCAUACGGAGACUGCGAAAGAAUCCAAAUCUACUGGAAAUAAUCGAGAAUGAUUUUUCGCGUAUGGUUCCACGUGAUUUGAACGUCACAGAUGAGCGUGAACGGGUAACGCGUGACAUCCGUCAAUUUUAUUUGGGUAACAAACAAGUGGGUGUCGAGUCGGUGGACGAAAUGAUUGCACUCUUAACGGAUCUAAUGUUCCUGCAGGGCAUACGCAAAACUGCGCGUAAUCACGCCAAAUAUGGCAAUGCGCCUGUGUAUAUGUACCGUUUUUCGUACGAUGGUGCACUGGGACUCUAUAAACGCAUGUUGGGCAUUACAAGGCCAGGCGUAUGUCAUGGUGAUGAAAUGGGUUAUUUGUUCAAAUUCGGUUUCUUCAACUUAAGCUUGGAUCCCCGAUCAACAGAGGUGCUUGUGAAGAAUCGUAUGGUGCGCAUGUGGACGAAUUUCGCCAAAUAUGGCACUCCCACACCGCAAAAUGAAGAGGACACAAUGUUGACCACGAGCUGGGAACCGAUAAAUCCGCAGACUGUGAUGGAAGAUAUCAGUUAUUUGGAUGUCUCUGUUAAUAUGAACAUGCGUAGCAAUCCAGAAGCUGAACGACAAGAGUUCUGGGACUAUAUGUACAAGCACUUUAAUGGCGCCGCAAUGUAGUCCGGCAUAAAUCCGCAAAAUCUUCGCUAAAAAUGCAUUUCACUCGUCUAAAUUUCAUUAGCAAUGCCAUAAAUCAAUAUGUAAUAUGUCACAAAAGAACAUAAGCCAAGAAAGAAUACGAAUUACAUUGAAAUGAAAUAUGAAGGCACUGAAAUUGGAGUUUUACGCAAUUUUAAUCAAUGUUACUGUUAUAAUUAGAUUUUGAAAUUACCAGAAAAUUAUGUAAACAUUCUGUUCCCAGCUCCAAUUUCAAUUAUAUGCCCAACAAUUAGCGAUCAUUUACCGCUCACUGCAUUUUAAUAUAUUCACACUUAUUAAUUUAAAUACUAUUAGUUUUACAUUAGCUGUAAUAUUCGUAGUUUAGCUUUAAGCACCAUUUCGUAGCAUUUCAUAUAUCCAGAGCAUUUACAAUAUUUAUAGCUGUAUAAUUUUUAUACACAGGAAAUUAAAGUAUUGUAAGGUGGCGAGUGCAUUUUUCGGGCUUAUAACUUGCUGAUUUAUUUUGGUUAUAACGUUCUGCGCAAAAGCUUUUUUAACAGAUCAUUUGGUUUUACAGUAUAAGCCCGAAAAAGACACUGGCCAUGUUACAAAAAUUUUAAAUUCCUGAAGAUUUGACCAUACGUAUCUAUGCAUGUGUAUAAAAAUAUGUAGUUACCUUUUUUCAUUUGUACAUAGUCCAAUUUCUUUAGUUAUUGCCUCACAUUAAAUUAUCAUUCUAAACUUUAAGAUUUUAUAAAUGCGAAUUUUGUUGAACAGUUAACGGAAGACAAGUUUUUAUGU